GCACGCGUCGCGACGCCGAAGUUGGCGUCGAGACGGGCGCACAGCUGGGCCCGGGUGCUUCUGGGCCACCUCAGUACCGCGCCGACUACCCGCACGACGAUCCGAACAUGCCGAGCUGAUAGCCCGCUAUCAGAGCGUAUCCGAGACACCGAGAACCAGCAGUGUGCGCGACGAUGAUGAUGAGGCCCGGAAAAGGCCGAAACGAGUGACGCGUUCAGUGCGAGAUGCAGGGCGCGCAGGUGGGCGAGGGCAACGGCGCCUCCCCCGCGGCCACGGGGGCCACGGGCACGGCCACCACCAGGAGUCACGUGAACGGCGGCCGCUUCGACUUCGACGACGGCGGCACCUACUGCGGCGGCUGGGAGGAGGGCAAGGCGCACGGCCAUGGCGUCUGCACCGGCCCUAAGGGCCAAGGCGCCUACUCCGGCUCUUGGCACUACGGCUUCGAGGUGUCGGGAGUCUAUACUUGGCCAAGUGGUAGUUGUUUCGAGGGACAGUGGCAGAACGGGAAAAGACAUGGGCUGGGCGUGGAGACGAGGGGUCGGUGGAUAUACAGGGGGGAGUGGACGCAAGGGUUCAAAGGGCGGUACGGAGUCAGGCAAUCCAACACGUCUACGGCCAAGUACGAGGGGACUUGGGCGAAUGGACUGCAGGAUGGGUACGGAUCGGAGACUUACGCUGACGACGGUGAGUACACCCUUAACUUCUCCUCCCCUCCAAGCUAG